UUGAAGUGAAGGCAGAAGUCUACUUGAAUUGACUUAUCAGUUGUAACAAAGUUCAGUGUGCUCAUGGGGUUAAUAGGUGAUACCAUGACUUAGGCUUCAGGUAAAACACUUUCAAGAAUGCCUCCUCAAGAUAGCAGGUGUUCUCUGGAGUACAUGUCUUGUCGUGCUUGUAGAGACGUUAUGUGCAAAGUAAUGUUACUACUUAAGUGGGAAACACCGAAUUGAAAUACCAGCUGUAUUUUUAAGUUGUCUUCGCCUUUAACGUGCAUUUGAUCACCACUGUUGUGUGUUUCUCACGUUUGUAAACUUUGAAAAACCAUGUCGGAAGUAAUGUAUCCUUCCAAGCACUGAUUAAUGGAUUAGGCCGUUUAAACGCGAAGGAUGCAUUUUAUUUUGGAAGGGCUGCACCGGAAACUCAUAUAUGAUAUUGUACCUUGGAUGCUGACAGGUAAACAGGGGAGGGAAGCAGUUUAACGACUUUCGCCUGCAGCUCCAGGGGCGCGUUCCCAAAUAAGCGCAGUUUUACGCACGGUGACUGACAGCGACAAGCAGCGGGGUCGUUACGUAAGCGCGCAGCCUCGACACGCAUUUAAACAGCGAGGUCGUGGCUCUCCGGCUGGAAACUUUCUCCUCCGCACCUGAAGACUCCGGACACCAUCGCACCUUCGGCCACUGUCCCCGCGCGAUUUCCGUCGGCUAGACAUGUCCUCUUGUAGCAACGCCGCGCGUUUCGGCGAGGCCCGGAGAGUGGCUAUCUUCGGAGGAACGCACGGAAACGAGAUGUCAGGCGUAGCGCUGGUGAACCUGUGGAUGAAGAACAGCGCCGAGAUCCAGAGGAAGGGAGUCGAGGCCAGGCCGUUCAUCACCAACCCGAAGGCUGUGGAGAAGUGCGCCAGAUACGUGGACACGGACUUGAACCGAGCCUUCACCCCAGAAAACCUCAGCUCCCGGGGAGGGGAGGAGGAGCUGCCCUACGAGGUGCAGAGAGCCCGGGAGAUCAACAGGAUAUUCGGGCCCAAAGGAAGCCCGGACGCCUACGAUGUUAUCUUCGACCUCCACAACACGACCUCCAACAUGGGCUGCACUCUGAUUCUGGAAAGCUCCAAAGACCACUUUAAUCUGCAGAUGAUGAACUACAUAAAGAAAGCCAUCUCUCCAGCUAGUUGUCUCGUUCUGCUGAAUGAACAUCCUCUUCUGAAAUAUUCCACUUCACGCUCUGUAGCCAAGCACCCCGUUGGUCUGGAAGUGGGUCCUCAACCUCAAGGUGUUUUGAGGAGUAACAUUUUUGAAGCAAUGAGAGUGAUACUGAAACAUGCGUUGGACUUCAUUGAACUGUUUAACGAAGGAAUGGAGUUUCCUCCCUGUACAGUGGAAGUUUUUCGGGUCUUGGAGAGGGUCGACUACCCCAGAGACGCCAAUGGAAACAUCAUUGCCAUGGUUCACCCCAACCUGCAGGACUGUGACUGGGAGCCGCUGAACCCCGGUGACCCAAUGUUCCAAACGUUCGACGGAAAGACCAUCCAGUACCAAGGCUCCGGCACCGUCUAUCCCACUUUUAUUAACGAGGCAGCCUAUUAUGAGAAACAACAGGCCUUUGUAACCACCAGGCGAGAAACCUUGGUAGCGAGUGCGGUCAGAAAAGCAUGAGAGGUGCUCCACAAGGCUAACAGCAAUCACCACAAUCUGUUAGCCUCAGCAGCAAUCUGUGUAUAGAUUUUGCACUUUUGCUCUGUUAGCAUAUGACAGACUUUCUGCACAUAAUGAAUAGCUACCAUCUUUUACACAUUGAUUUAGUUUUUUAUGCUAUCAGAAGAUCAUUUAACUAUGCAAAGAACAUUUAUGGAGGCUUUGCAAAGAGUCACUGUGAGAGUCUUUGAUUUGAAGGUGAUUCUAUUGUGGUAUUUAUGAUACACCUGUUAUUUAAAAGCUAUAUUUACAUUCAAUCAACUAAGUUUUUAUAAUAUUAAAGGCCAGUCCUAAUCACUGACUUAUCGAUCAUUAUAAACACUCUUUUUAAGUUUCCUACUACUGCUGCUCAGGAAGGCCAUUGAGGAUCAUUACCUGCUACUUUUGACCCAAAACUCUAGUCGUUUGUCUUCUUCUGGAACUAUAUUUGUAACAUCUUUUAAAGGGUGUUUUGUGGCCUUUGAUACUACCUACCUGUAACUCCAGUGGUUGCAUCUGUGGUGCUGUCCUAUUGUUGCCUUAAUAGAUAUUUCAGAGGAAAAUUGCACAACAACUUCCGAGUGGAAAUUGUAGAUAAUGUGUCGGAUGACAAGAUAUUAUUUUAAUAAGAAACAGUAUUGGUUCUGUCUCUCAACAGAAAUUGGAUCCAUUGUGUUUUAUAAUGAUAUAUUUGUGUCUAUUUUGAUAUUCUUGUACUGUACGUUUGGUUGUAAGUGAUGUAUAGGACCUAUUGAACCGUGGAAGGCAUAUGUACUUUCUAACGUUUUUAUGUCUAUGUUGUCUCGAAGUGUAUCUCUGUGGUCUUACAGUAAUUCAUUCAGCAAUAUUUCUGUUUGCACCAUGUGUAUGAUCCCUAACAAUCGCUGUCCUAGACGUCCUGUGGAAAUGACACAAACAAUAAAUGUAGCAUAAUGCUA